AUGCCGAGAUGGCUUUUGACCUUGGAAAUCCUCUGCUCUACUCCAUCACAACAUCAAGUAUCCAUUUCGGCAACAUCCCGAAACUCGAAUCCAGCUACUGAAAUGUCCACCACGCGCCGGGCAUCCUCCGUGCGUGGAUCCACAACGCCGAAACGACCAAGGCGUGCAUUGUUGGCAGAAAAUGCCACCCAGGACGGUGCCACGGGCGAUGCUCCCAGGCGUGCUCCCAUGGCCUGCCGCGUGUGUCGAGCUCGAAAGGUCAAGUGCUCUAAUGAGCGUCCGACGUGUGCUGGAUGCGUCAGACUUGGUUGCGAAUGUGUUUACCCCGUGCCGGCAGUACCAUACGAAACCCAGCCCAAUAACCAGAGUAGCAAUGGAAUUGCGAGCACUCUCCAGGAAAUACUCAGGCGACUGCCGCCAACCGCCGAGACGUGUCAGAACCAUGCCUCCAAUCAAUCAUCUGUCGGCACGUCUGCCACGUUUACUACAUUAGACUACAUGUUUCAAUGGCCGAUAUUUUGCUCCAGUCUAGGAGAAUGCUCAGCCGAAACUAACAUUCUGGCUACUAACCACUUUCACGAACCAGACCAGCUGGCGAGCUCAGGGCUGGGGCUACCCUUGUUUGACAGCGGUGAGGUUGCUCAAUUGUUGACGCGAUUUCUAAGGCUCGUCCACGUCAUGAAUCCCAUACUGGACUGUACGACCUUGAUGCACCACGGGCGAGUCGUUGCAGAGCUUGGUCUGCAGUGGGAUGCGAAAACAUGCCUUGUGCUCCUGGCCAUGGCCCUGGGCUCUAUUGCCAAACCCUUGGAAACGAGACUAGAGCCCUUGGAAUCAGCUUCGCGCUCCGUAUCGGGGGACGACGAGAAAUCGCGGCAACAAGCUGAGCUAUACUACCAGUAUGCGCUCAGACGUAUAGGGAUGAUUGGAGGGAGUCUGACAGCCUGCCAAUGCCAUUUUCUGAACGGCAUUUACCUGCUGUAUACUCUCCGGCCGGUACAAGCCUGGCAGGCAUUCUUCCACGCCUCUUCUUUAUAUACAGUGUACCUGAAAAGCCGAGCGGCAGCGCAGCAGAUUGGACCGGGACACUAUCACGAUGAUGCUCUGAUUGGAGAUGAGAGCUGCUCUGGUGAGAAGCUGCGGUGUUGUCUAGAACAGAGACUGUACUGGAGCUGCAUCAAGUCGGAGAGCGAAAUCUGCACCGAGGUAGACUUGCCCAGAUCCGAGUUGGGCAAGAUGGAGUAUCCGUACCUAUUUCCGUCGCCGCCAACGCCCAAGAGUGUCGAUGGCUUACACGACACCCACGACAUGGGUGCAGUCGGCAUGUUGGCCCCAACUGCCUUGUUAUCCGUCGACGAUGCGGCGGAAAAACAAGACUUCAAAACGCUGCACGAGCACUCGUGGUUUUCCUACCUCUCAAACAUUGCGCUGCUCCGCAUCUCUAGCCGGGUAGACGACGAGUUCUACACCAAACCCCCUUCGCUGUGGGCGAGUAUGAAUCUCCUCGACAUGGCCAAUACAGCAUGGGACCUGGAGAAGCAGUUGCUACAAUGGCAGCACACUCUGCCCUCUUCCAUCUCGUGCUUUGGUGAGCCAGUUUCCCUGUCGACAGUAACGGAGUUGCAGCUGGCUACGUGGCUGCAUUGCACCUCGGUCAGGUUGCGCAUGUAUCGGCCGUUCCUGUACCGCCUGGCUUUACAACAAGGCCACGACUGGCCGUUGGCAGACGCCCUGAAACAAUUUGCCGACAAGGCCGUAGUGCUCAGUCUGAAUCCUCUCCAUACGCUUGGGCUACAGCACCGGCAUGCUGGCUCCUGGUUUCGUUGUCGGGAAUCGGCGUCUCGCGUGCUGAUACUAAUUUGUGCCAGGAAAAUCGGGCUUGUAUCCAAAAUGGGGCUUGAGCAGCAAGUCCAAGAUAUGCUGGGGAUUUGUUUAGCACACCUACGUUUCUGGGAAGAGGAAGCAGAGGACAUACGACGAGUGCGCCAGGUUUUGGAGCCCAUGAGCUGA